AUGACUCCAUUUGAAAUGAGCAAUCAAACACACGUCACAAAAUUCAUCUUCCUGGGAUUUUCUAACCACCCCAGACUACAGGGCAUCUUCUUCCUGGUCUUCCUGGCUAUUUACCUGACAACUCUCCUGGGGAACACACUCAUAAUGAUGGCCGCCAGGGUCAGCCCUGCUCUCCACACUCCAAUGUACUAUUUUCUCAGCAACUUGAGCUUCCUGGACAUCUGCUACACGUCCACCACCAUUCCAGUCAUGCUGGUAAACUUCUUCAGGGAGAAGAAGACCAUCUCCUAUGAGGGCUGCCUCUCCCAGAUCUUCUUCUUUGUGACAUGUGCGGGGACUGAAUGUGUCCUGUUGGCUGCCAUGGCUUAUGACCGCUAUGUGGCCAUUUGCCGCCCUCUUCAGUAUCCCAUUCUCAUGAGUGUGAAGAUCUGUGCCAGCUUGGUGGCCGGGUCCUGGCUAUGUGGCUUAGUGAAUUCUGUGACUCACACAGCACUGACAGCCACACUCACUCUGUGUGGACCCAACCAGAUCAGCCACUUUCUCUGUGACAUCCCACUGCUCCUGAAACUGUCCUGCUCAGACACCUCUGUCAAUGAGUCUGUGCUCCAUGUCGCCAGUGCCACCAUCGGCCUGAGCCCCUGCCUGUUCACUGCAGGUUCCUACGUGCUCAUCAUCUCUGCCAUCCUUAGGAUCCCCUCUGCUCAGGGCAGGAGAAAGGCCUUCUCCACCUGCGCCUCACACCUCACUGUGGUGGUGGUCUUUUACGGAACAGCCAACUUCAACUAUGACAGACCCAGUGAAGGCUACUCCCUGGAUGUGGACAUCCUGGUGUCUGUGCUCUUCUGUGUUGUGACCCCCAUGUUGAACCCCCUCAUCUACAGCCUGAGAAACAAGGAGGUCAAGGGUGCCCUGAGAAAGCUGGCUGGAGGGUGUGGGUUCCCUGGCAAUAACAAUGCUUAG